CAGGAGAAGGGCAGGGGGACCCGGUCCUGGAGGUUGGGGUGUGGGUGUUUCAGACUCAGGUGGGUGGUUGGAAGAAGUGGGAGGAAUGAGACUAAGAUCAUGAGCCAUCAGCUCCUCUGGGGCAGGCUAUAGGACAACAAAACUCACCAAAGGACCAAGCACACCAGGCACCAUGGGACAGUGUCGGUCAGCCAAUGCUGAGGAUGCCCAGGAAUUCAGUGAUGUGGAGAGGGCCAUUGAGACCCUCAUCAAGAACUUCCACCAGUACUCCGUGGAGGGGGGGAAGGAGACGCUGACCCCCUCUGAGCUACGGGACCUGGUCACCCAGCAGCUGCCCCACCUCAUGCCGAGCAACUGUGGGCUGGAAGAGAAAAUCGCCAACUUGGGCAACUGUAGCGACUCUAAGCUGGAGUUCGGGAGUUUCUGGGAGCUGAUCGGAGAAGCAGCCAAGAGUGUGAAGCUGGAGAGCCCUGCUCGUGGGAGUUGAGAGCUCCCCCUGGAAUUCCUGGCAGGUGUUGGGCAGAGGGGAACUUAGAGACUGUGGUCUGCAAAUAAAAGCUCCUCCCUUCCACCACCGCCUAUUCCCCAGCCUGCAGCUCUCCUCUCCUCUGCAAAGUCCAGGUCUCAGCGGCCUUCCCAGGGCUUCUGGGCACUUCCGUCCUGGGUGCUCCGUGGCGCUUAUGGGGCCAGGAGCCCCCACCAGAGGGAGGCUUGGGGGUGGGUCGGGCCAGGGAUGGAUAUUGAGGGAUGGUUGGAGGGAUAAGGACAGUGCAAGGGCCAAGGAAUUUGGUAGUGGGGGAGGGCAGAGAGAAGCUGGGCUAUGGGAAAUGAUUUGAAGAAUAGGGCUGGGAAUAUGGCUGGAUAUUUGGAACUAAAAUUGGUCUUUAAGAACCUACCCCUCCUAAUGUCCUCCCCAACCCAAAUGGUGGCUGUCUGUUCCGUGCUGUCUCUUCCUGCCUCCAGCCCUGCUCUAGCCUCCUCCCAGGACCCUCCCUGGGCUAGGGCAGGGGAGCAGGGAGAGCAGGGCCGGGGGAGAGGCUGAGGAGGGUGUGACCUUGGGGUGACAGGACCAGCUGGGUGCUUGGGCAUUUACAGAAUGAUGGUUUAUUUUGUAUCAUUUGAUUAAUAAAAAUAUGAAAAAA